CCGCCCUCCAGCGGCCGCGAAUUAGCCACCUGGGAGCCCGGGCCCCGCGGCCUCGCCGCCACACUUUCCUGGAGCGGCGGCCACGGCGGCACCAUGAAGAAGUCUUAUUCAGGAGUCACGCGGACCUCCAGCGGCCGCCUACGGAGGCUUGCGGAUCCCACAGGCCCAGCCUUAAAGAGAUCGUUCGAAGUCGAGGAGAUUGAGCCACCCAACUCCACGCCACCCCGGAGGGUCCAGACCCCUCUGCUUCGAACCACGGUGGCCAGCUCCAGCCAGAAAUUCCAGGACCUGGGCGUGAAGAACUCAGAUCCCGCUGCUCGCCUCGUAGACUCCCUGAGCCAGCGCUCCCCGAAGCCAUCCCUACGGAGGGUGGAGCUUGCAGGGCCCAAGGCCCCUGAGCCUAUGUCUCGCCGCACUGAGCUAUCCAUCGACAUCUCCUCCAAGCAGGUGGAGAGCACUGGCUCUGCUGGGCCCUCGCGCUUCGGGCUUAAGAGGGCCGAAGUCCUGGGCCACAAGACACCAGAGCCCAUCCCACGGAGGACGGAGAUCACCAUUGUCAAGCCCCAGGAGUCAGUGCACCGCAGGGUGGAGACCCCUGUCUCCAAGGUCCCCGAGGUCCCUGCCAUGCCUGUCACUGAAGCAGCCCCCAAGAGGGUAGAGAUCCAGGUGCCCAAGCCAGCCGAGGCACCCAACUGCCCACUCCCGCCCCAGACCCUGGAGAACUCCGAGGCCCCGAUGUCUCAGCUGCAGAGCAGGUUGGAGCCUAGGCCCCCUGUGGCUGAGGUCCCAUACCGGAACCAGGAGGGCUCUGAGGUGGCUCCCAGCUGUGUUGGUGACAUGGCUGACAGCCCUAGAGAUGCCAUGCUCAAGCAAGCGCCCGUAUCACGGAAUGAGAAGGCCCCCGUGGACUUCGGCUAUGUGGGGAUCGACUCUAUCCUGGAGCAGAUGCGCAGGAAGGCCAUGAAACAGGGCUUCGAGUUCAACAUCAUGGUGGUCGGGCAGAGUGGCCUUGGGAAGUCUACCUUAAUCAACACCCUCUUCAAGUCCAAGAUCAGCCGGAAGUCCGUGCAGCCCACUUCAGAGGAACGUAUCCCCAAGACGAUCGAAAUCAAGUCUAUUACCCACGAUAUUGAGGAGAAGGGGGUUCGGAUGAAGCUGACAGUGAUUGACACGCCAGGCUUCGGAGACCACAUCAACAAUGAAAACUGCUGGCAGCCUAUUAUGAAGUUCAUCAAUGACCAGUAUGAGAAAUACCUGCAGGAGGAGGUCAACAUCAACAGGAAGAAGCGCAUCCCCGACACGCGCGUCCACUGCUGCCUCUACUUCAUCCCGGCCACUGGCCACUCGCUUAGGCCCCUGGACAUUGAAUUCAUGAAGCGCCUGGCAAGGUGGGUCAACAUUGUCCCAGUCAUCGCCAAGGCUGACACGCUGACCCUGGAGGAGAGGGUCUACUUUCAAACAAAGAUUACGGCAGACCUACUCUCCAAUGGCAUUGAUGUGUACCCCAGAAAGGAUGUUGACGAGGAUUCAGAGGACCGACUGGUGAACGAGAAGUUCCGGGAGAUGAUCCCGUUUGCCGUGGUGGGCAGCGACCACGAGUAUCAAGUCAAUGGCAAGAGGAUCCUGGGAAGGAAGACCAAGUGGGGGACCAUUGAAGUUGAGAAUACCACUCACUGUGAAUUCGCCUACCUGCGGGAUCUCCUCAUUAGGACACACAUGCAGAACAUUAAGGACAUCACCAGCAGCAUCCAUUUCGAAGCCUACCGUGUGAAACGCCUCAACGAGGGCAACAGCGCCAUGGCCAACGGGGUCGAGGAGAAGGAGCCGGAAGCCCAGGAGAUGUAGACGCCAUCCCGCCCCAGGACCCCACCCCCAAAUCUCAUCCUCCCUGGCCCACCCACCUACCCUGUCUUAUUUUAUAUAAUUGUCUCCUUUUGUCACCCGCCUCCUUCUCUUUCCAUGCGCUACCCAGUAACAAGAGAGGGCUUAUCUCCCAAGUGUGCUCUUAUUGGCUGCAGCAGGAGGGUGGGCGGGACUACGGCCUGGGCUUGCCUCUGCGCCCCACUGGCUCCGCAUGCUGGGAAGGCUAGAUCCGGCUCAGCACCUGAGGGCUUAGAAGAUCUGUGUGUCCAUGCCCACUCUUGAGUUUUGAGCUGACGUCCGUGGGGCCCAGGCCCUAGGGGUUGCGGAGGAGCCCAUUAAGCCACAAGUUCCCAUGGCCACAGCCUCAGAAGCAGGCUGCACCAGGGGAGGAUGAGCUAGCCAGGUCGUCCUGGAGCCGUCCCUGUCUUUGUUCACAGCCCCCUCAGCUGUCUGCUUCCCAAGGAAACUAGAGACACCCACAACCAAAGUUGCCAAUCUCUUAGACAUAGUGACAACCUUGGCCCUUCUUCCUCAAGCUUGUCCCAGAGCAGAAAGUGCCUUGAUCCACAAGAGCCAGUCACCUCUUCCCAGUUGUCCCUUUGGGUGAAAAGCAAGGACAUGCUGGAGAGAGGGAGUUCUUUUCUCCCUCCCCUUGAUCCACCCCCGCCCCACCCCGUGCUGUAGACUCUGCUGCUGCACCGGGCCCUAAUUAUCAAACCGAAACCUGAAAGAUGCGCCCCGUCCCCACUCCCAAUCUUAGAAAGGUCAACACAGACCUGAGGAUCUGAGGGAGGGAGCCUCGGAAGAGGGCCAGGGAAGGUGUAUCUCUGGCCCUAGGUUUGGCCGCAGAUGCUCUGGUUACAUUGUUACCCAGUUGCCUCGUCCCACCCCCACACAGAUACUGCCCAGGCUCAAACCUUGAUUCAGUGACUGCUGGGUGGGAACCAGGAAAAUCUGACCAUUUUGCUGUCCAUAUGUGCCUAACCCUGUGUCCCCGAACCCAUUGGAAUACCCCCGAGGACUUCAGAGAUGGAUAGCCAGAGCACAGGGCAAGGUUUCAUGCAAAGCCAGGCUCCCUCAUCUUCUCUCAGAGGGAACCAUUAGGGACCAGCCAUGCACAGCUGACCAAAGCCAUGCCCUUUCUGCUUGCCCACCAUCCUUGUCCUGUCCCUGGGAGGAGUUUGGUGGGUGUAGACAGGUUGGACCCGCUUGGGGAAGGCACCUCCACAGACCCCGGGCUAGCUUCUUGCAGCCUAGAAGUGCGGUGGGAGGGGUGGGGUGCAGACAGAUGAGGGCUGCUCUUUGUUCCCUGUAUUGAGUGUCUACUCCCCCACCCAAACGUGGAAGGCCCCCUCAUCGAACCCUGCAGCCGAACAGUUCGCAUGCCAGCUUGCCAAGUUCUUUUGCCAAAAUCAGGACUUUGAAGGAAAUCUCCAGCAUGCUGGACCCAGGGCACCUUGGCCUUCCCCAGCCCCAGUGUCCCUGGGGACUUAGCAGCAGCCCAGUGCCACCAGGGUGACAUCGUGCCUCUGUAACCAGCCACUGAAAACUGUUCAUCACACCGGGCUGCUCCAUGCGGCCUUUCGCUGGGGGCCUCCAGGGAGGUGGGGGGUGCUCUCUUUUUGUAUAAAUAACAAAGUGUUGAAAUAAAUGUUUCAAAUACAAAA